AUGAAGACUGUUGCCGUGAUGAGAGAAACGUACAAGGCGAUGCUGAUUGACCGCGUGAUCCCAGCGAUCCCCACGAAGUGGCAAGUGGUGAGUCGAAGACCGUCAAGAUUCAGCAAGACAACGCGCGGCCGCAUGCGCCUCCUAAUGACGCCGACGUUGUUGCUGUCUGCAAGCCUCGAGGAUAUCGUCGCAGCUACCGAAGCAGCGUGGGAACAUGUGAGUCCGCUGAUGCUCAACAAGAAUUUUCUCACCAUGCAGAAAUGCCUCGAGGAGAUCAUGCCCAACAAGGGUGGGAAUGACUGCAAGACCCCACAUAUGAAAAAGCUCACGGAUAAGCACAAGAAAGCCAGGAUUCAGUGGGCCCAGGAAAUGCUCGUUCACGGCACGGAACAAUGGUACACUGUCGUCAUUAACGACGAAAAGAAGUUCAACUCGGAUGGACCCUAUGGCCUCAAGCACUAUUGGCACGAUAUACGCAAGGAAAACGCGAUUUUUUCUUGGAGCCAAUCUGGUGAUGGAAGCGUCAUGGUUUGGGGCGUUUUUAGUCCCAUGGAAAAGACCGAAUUGGCCUGUUUGGAGGAUUUGCAGGACAGUGGUGCCUACCUUGGUACCUUGUCUGACUAUUUGUUCCCUUACAUCGACGAUUACUAUGGUCGUGACUGUGUUUGUCAGCAUGGCAACGCUUCGAUCCAUGCGUCGCGAGAGACCAAAGCGUUUCUUAACGAGCAUGGCGUACGCGUUAUCGAGUGGCCAGCGAAGUCGCUGGACCUCAAUCCGAUCGAGAACAUGCGGGGUGUUCUUGCACGUGCAGUUUAUGUACAAUUUGCGACAAAACCCGACCUGGUUGCUGCCAUUUCCAAGGCGUGGGACGAAAUCGGGCAAAACUUGAUCGAAAAGCUCCUGCAGUCAAUGCCGAAUAGGUGUGUGAGUGUCAUAGAGCUCAAAGGUGGCAAAACCAAAUAUUAA